AUGACUGCAGAAUUGAGAGAGGCUGUGGCCCUGGCCCCUUGGGGUCCAGUGACAGUGAAAAAGGAGGAAGAGGAGGAAACUCUCCUGGGUCAGGCAUCCACCCAGCAACUGCACUCUGACAACAUCAAAGUCUGGGCUCUUGAGAAGGGUCCUCAGAUGGGCCUUGAUGGAUCAGAACAGGAAGAAAAGGGUCAGAACAUGUUCUGGGACAUGGCAGUAAUCCUGAAAACAACACAGAACACGCCUGCUGGUUCACCCCUUGGCACCUACUCAUUACCUGGGACUCACAGGGUGCCUACUCAGGGGAUCAUGGCCAAGAAUGAGAUACUGGAGACUCAUGGAGACAUGAAUACUCUAGAUGCUGGAAUCAAAAGCCCACAGUCAUUGGUUUUAAAAACUGAGAUGUGUGAUGAAGCAGAAAAGCCCUUCCUAAUAUUAGGAAGAAUCCAGAAAACUGACCCUGAAGGACCUGAGUUAGGAGAAGCCUGUAAAAAGGGGAACAUGUUAAAGAGGCAAAGAAUCAAGAGGGAAAAGAAAGAUUUCAGACAAGUAACAGUAAAGGACUAUCAUUUACCUGAAAGCCUCAAAGAAGAGGUAGACCAGAAAUAUAAGAAUUCUGGGGAAGGCUAUAGUCUUAGUUCUAGCCCUAUUAAAAAUCAGAAAAUCCAACCUGGGCAGAAACCUUUUACAUGUAGUGUGUGUGGGAAGGGCUUUAGUCAGAGUGCAAACCUUGUUGUGCAUCAGCGAAUCCACACUGGAGAGAAACCCUUUGAAUGUCAUGAGUGUGGGAAGGCCUUCAUUCAGAGUGCAAACCUCGUUGUGCAUCAGAGAAUCCACACUGGACAGAAACCUUAUGUUUGUUCAAAAUGCGGGAAAGCCUUCACUCAGAGUUCAAAUCUGACUGUGCAUCAAAAAAUUCACUCCUUAGAAAAAAUCUUUAAGUGCAGUGAGUGUGAGAAAGCCUUCAGUUAUAGCUCACAGCUUGCUCGGCAUCAGAAAGUCCACAUUACUGAAAAAUGCUAUGAAUGUAAUGAGUGUGGGAAAACAUUUACUCGAAGCUCAAACCUCAUUGUCCACCAGAGGAUCCACACUGGGGAGAAGCCCUUUGCCUGUAAUGAUUGUGGCAAAGCCUUCACCCAGAGUGCAAAUCUUAUUGUGCAUCAGCGAAGCCAUACUGGUGAGAAGCCAUAUGAAUGUAAAGAGUGUGGGAAAGCCUUUAGUUGUUUUUCACACUUAAUUGUGCACCAGAGAAUUCACACUGCAGAGAAACCUUAUGACUGCAGUGAAUGUGGGAAAGCCUUCAGUCAGCUCUCUUGCCUUAUUGUCCACCAGAGGAUUCACAGUGGAGACCUUCCUUAUGUGUGUAAUGAGUGUGGAAAGGCCUUUACAUGUAGCUCAUACCUCCUUAUUCAUCAAAGAAUCCAUAAUGGGGAAAAACCUUACACAUGUAAUGAGUGUGGUAAGGCCUUCCGGCAGAGGUCAAGCCUUACCGUACACCAGAGAACCCACACUGGGGAGAAGCCCUAUGAAUGUGCGAAGUGCGGUGCAGCUUUUAUCUCUAACUCACACCUCAUGCGACAUCACAGAACCCAUCUUGUCGAGUAA